GCUGAAUACUUCGGUCGUCGUGCUCAUGCGCUUUUGGUGUCUACCUUGUGUUGAUGGAGCCGUCCGCUCCUUGUAAACACCAACCGUGGUCCAAUGUCUGACAGACGGCGUAUCAAUGGCCCUCCUGGCACGACCAUUGCGCCAGUUUUUGUGUCCUCCAAGCAAACAGCGAAAGCAGAGAAACGACGACUGAGAAUACACAACGAACUACGCAGAAUAUUCUUGCAAACCGGCGUGGUACCGUCGGCCAGCGGCUCUGCCUAUCUCGAACUCGAAAGUCGGCCUACGAAGCCAGCCAUUGUAUCCUUGUCCUCUACGAUCAAACUGUCAUGUACCGUCCUCGGACCGAAACCCCUGCCUAGAACGACUUCCUUCUCUCCAAACCUCCAAUUGACCGCAUCAGUCAAGUUUGCACCGUUUGCGACGCGUAACCGACAAGGGUACAUUCGUGAUUCUACAGAGAAAGAUCUCGGACUACACUUGGAGAACGCUUUGAAGGGUGUAAUCAUACCAUACAGAUGGCCCAAGAGCGCGAUCGACAUUGCCGUAACAGUUCUCGAAUGUGAAGAUGACCAUGAGACGGGAAACCGCAUUGCGGGACUGGGACUGUUCAAUAUGCUAGCUGGAUGCAUCAAUGUCGCAGUGGCGGCACUUGCAGACGCUCGUGUGGACUGUCUGGAUCUGUUGGCCGCUGGAGUUGGUGCUGUUGUCCCAGGUGCUGAUGCGCGGCCCGUUCGGGUCUUGGAUCCUGCUGCUAUCGAGCAUGCCAAAGUGCUGUCAAGCUGCCUCGUCGCAUACCUGCCUUCGAGGGACGAGAUUGUCGAGCUCUGGUGCAAUGAUUCAGCAUCAAUAUCAAGCAAAUACGCUCCAGGAUUCGAGGACUUGGUCGACAGUGCCGUAGCAGCUGCUCGUGGUGCGCAGACGGUGCUGAAAGACGUCUUGAUGGAGUCCGUGAUGUACGGCCAGCCCGCGACCAAGAAGCUUAAUCAGCAGGGUGCAAAAGAUGUGGCAAUGAGUGGAUGAAGGAGGAGGCAGAUGGUUGGCAUCGAGAACGCGGCAGCCCGCAUUUUCGUCACCUUCAACUCAAAUAUUAAUGAUAACGUGACUAUUUUGCUUUUCGUGCAUAUCAACGGAUACAUAUCUACAUAAUAGAUCUAACUAUACUUCUUAACAAAAAUUAGCUAUUCAAG